AUGGAAUCCGCUCAAAGUCGAAAACUAAGCCAGCAACUUGAUUCUGUUGAAGGCAGUGAUUCUUCCGCCACAACCAGACCUACUCCUGUCACGGAUCUCGAUAGCCCAGUUAAUUCGACGCUUCUUAAGGCCCUUCAAUCAGUUGCAAUAUCCAAUUCUACAGUAAAACCGGUGGAACUGCAGACAGAAGAUAACACGGAUGCACACGACGAGCAGUUCUCCAGUGAUAACGGGGAAUCGAAUGCACCCUCUGGAGCGUUUUCUGAUUCUUAUUCCAAACAACCUAAACUGUCACAAAAGUCACACAGCUGUCGUGCUCGUAUUCGUAACACAGGCGGCUCGAGUGACCUCCCGAAAAAUGUUGUGCAUGUUUUGCAGAACGAUGGCAAAAAAAUUCGAACGGCUGUUCGACCAAAUACCAAAAAGGAGAAGGUUCCAACGCAGGCCGAAUACCGAAGGUCCAAGAAUUACUUUGAUGUCCUGACGAACAAUGUCGAGUCAGUCCGUCUGGGCCGCCGCGACUGCAAAGAGCAGGCCCUGGACUGUGGCUCUGGAAACGUGCGUGGGGGCCUACAUACUUCAUAUACUGAGAAGGUGCCCGUCGGUUCUGUACUUGAUGGGGAUCCCAGGGAGCUCGUUACGGACACCACAGAUGAGGUUGCUCGAUGUCGGGAGGAGAGGAGCAGUUACCUGGACCUCUCACAUUUGGGCCUGCAAACCCUGCCGACGGGAAUCUUCAAGGAGGUCGGCUUCAUUGAAAGCCUCUUCCUUUACGGCAACAGACUGACGAGCCUCUCUCCUAGUCUCUGCUCUCUACCCAACCUCCACCGCCUGAUGCUGCAACAGAAUUGGAUCACCUGUUGCGGUCUGCCCAACGAAAUCUCCAAACUCACCCACCUAGAGGUACUGGACCUUCGUCACAAUCGCCUCGAGGGAAACCUGCCUGCUUGCAUCUACAAACUGGUUAAUUUGCAACAGCUGAUACUCAGCUAUAACAAGCUAACCGUCCUCAGUGAUGACCUAAAAAAUCUGCAUCGGCUGACAGUCCUCAUACUUAAUCGCAACUUCAUUCGGCAAAGUAUCCCAGACACCAUCGGCCAGCUCACCCGGUUGACUAAACUGGACCUCUCCUACAAUCAUAUCGAAUCCCUACCGUCUAACUUCAGACGCAGAAUUGCCUAUAAAUCUGUCACAAUUUCGCCUAGCGUGGCCAACAACAGCUUAUUCUUUUCUCCUCUGUUCUUUUAUUAUGAUCUACUCGUACAGUUCACUGCUAUUUGA